AACACAGCUGCCGACGCCGGGAUGAUCCGCACUCAUGUUGUAGCCAGUGUAUACAUGUCCCAUUCAUAUUAAUCGUGCGGGCAUUUAAUUUACACACACGCACUGUGGUCUAACAUAUUAUAUACAAACCACUCGCUCAUCUUACAGUUUCCCGAGAUUUGUCGCCCGCCAGCAGCGCCAGUGCGUACUUGUACCCUGUUCGAUACACACUUGGCACCGGAAGUCCUAUUGACAUGGCGGAUACAAUUCCCAUGGACCAGGCAGCGGCAGCCGCCGCGAUAGCGUCCUGUGCCAAUCUCACCGAUCUCGGGGAUAUCUUUCAUUUGGAGAACGUGGACGUCCUGGACAAUUAUACUCUGUAUUGUGCUCUGCAGUUUGCCAGUAGUGUGGUGCAGCUGCAGACGACGACCGGCCGUGUGAUGGCCACGGAGACGGUACAGCAUAUUGUCCUGAUGGGAUGUUUUAUGGCCGUGGCGCUGCUGGGGAAUAUAGCCGUGCUGGUGCAUCUUUUUAACCGGUCGACCAAACAUCGCCAGAUCUCCAUCUUUGUCACGUCACUGGCUGCCACCGACAUCCUCAUCGCCAUCUUCUCCAUGUCCACGGAGCUGCUGUGGGAGGCGCUGGGCGAGUGGAUCUUUGGGAAUUUUGCCUGCAAAUUCUCCACGUAUAUCCAGUGUAUGCUGUUUUUUAGUACGGCGUUCAUCCUGAUGAGUAUGAGUUACGAUCGCUACGAGGCUAUCUGCAAGCCGAUGGCAUUCUCCUGCAGUGCGGCACGCAGCCGGAAGAUGGUGGUGUGCUCGUGGUGUCUGGCGUUGAUCCUGGCCGUCCCGCAGGUUUUCGUUUUUGUCCAGGUGGAAACGGGUAACCACCACGCGGACGGCAGCCCGCAGUACAUCUGCCGGUCGCACGGCUACACGGCCGAAUGGCAGCGCAAGAUCUACGUGACGUGGGUGGCGGCCUGCGUCUUCAUCAUCCCGCUUUUCUUCAUCACCUUCUGCUACAUCAGCAUCGCGCGCGUCGUCUUCCGCAACGCCACCCAAAAGGUCACUGUCCACAACGGCGAAACACUGCAACUGCGACGCAACACGCCUUCCGUGCGCAGCGGCGCCAGCAAUCAUUUACAGCAGAGCGACCGCUCGCGGGUGCGGACCAUCCAACUGACGGCCGUCAUCUUAAUGGGCUACAUUAUCUGCUGGACGCCGUAUUUCACGUUAAACCUGUACAACGUCUGGACGGACUACCGCUACAAGAACGAUAUCCCGGCGGCCGUGCGCACCGUGGCGCGCUGUAUGGGCUGGUCGUCCAGUUGUGUCAAUCCCUUUAUCUACGCGUUUUUCCACUGCCGGCGGAUUCGUGGCGCACCGCGGGUCGGGAGGGAGACGGUGAAUCUGAUGCUGCAGAGUUUUCGGAGCGGGACGCCGCUGAAACCCAGCCAGUCGCCGUCGCCACGGUCCCCGCGAUUAGUGGCGCAUUUUAACUAUGAGACGGUCCCGGAGACGGGGCAGUUUUUUCAUACGGUCCAGAGUGAUGAUAAGCAGACGAAUAGCCAGUUCACUGAGCAUUCCGUAUGAGCGUUUGCACAUGGUUUUUUUUAAAGAGGGAAUUUGAUUUCAAGAGCGAUUGAUUAGUUUUGGAAUUAUUGGGAACUCUGCGGAUGCAUGCAUGAUAAUUGCAGAUUUUGUUAUUUGUUUCCGAUAGAUUAUUCCUCUACUCGAUAGAAAACAGUAUUUAUUUUCGGUUAUAAAUUUAUCGGUUUUCAUGUUCUCAGCUGAAACUGAA